UUAUUCCUCAGCAUUGCUCCUUUUUAACUGAGUUCACCGCGCGCUAAAAUAAGAACAAGUUAGCGCGCUGCCGAGAGGCCGAUCGUCCCUCUGAGGACAAACUAACGGGGGAGAUGCGCGAGGUCGGCGGCGCGCACGGAGCAGGUGCCCGCCGAGGGGCCGCCGACCAGCCCGGACACCAGAGCAACAUCAGGACCCGUCUACCGUCUACCACAGAUGACCGGAAGCGUUGUCCGUCGUGAGUGAGGAUCAGCCCAUAUUUGAGUCAUCGUACCCGGCAGCCUCCACCAUGUACACGAAGGCUGAGAUGACAUCACCUGGCGGAUUCAGCCAGACCUCGAAGCAGAGUCCCGAACCCACUGAGCCUGAGUGGGUGGGGUCAGAGGUGCAAAACCCUGGGAAAACAGGCGAGCACGUCAAUGGAGCCAGCCAUGAGUCUCCUGUUGACUGUAGUGUCACCAAGCGUUCCAGACACAUGAGCAACGAUGGGGCCCAGAUGCCAUACCAGGUUUCAUAUCCAGAGGCCCAUGUCAGCCCACAGACCACCACCCCACCCAGCAGCACCACAGAGGAGAAGAGGGUCAUCGUGCCAGCAGAUCCUGAGGUUUGGACACAGGAACAUGUGAGGCAGUGGCUGGACUGGGCCAUAAAGGAGUACGUACUGGAGGAGGUGGACGUCAUGCUCUUCCACACACUGGAUGGCAAAGCCCUUUGCAAGAUGACGAAGGAGGACAUGAUGCGUCUGACGUCGGCCUACAAUGCAGACAUUCUGCUAUCACACCUGAAUUACCUCCGGCAGAGUAGCCCAACUUUCUCUUAUUCCACAGCUCCCCCCACCAACACACAACAACAGCAACAGCCCAGAGUACAGGUGAAAGCAGAGAACAGUUUUGAUGAGAUCAGCCGGAGGAACAGCUGGCCUGCAAACACCAUGACUGUAGUGCCCAAAGGUUCUUCUGUGGAGCACCAACACAGCACAAGAGUCACAGACGCUGUUCCAAGAAUUGUGCCAGACCCGUAUCAGACAUUAGGGCCGAUCAGCAGUCGACUAUCCAAUCCAGAAGACCAAGCCCUCAGCUCAACCAAGAACCGAACAGUCAAACAAAGCCCGUACAAGCUCCCUGACCCAAGUGCUCACAGGCCUGUGGGUUCAGGGCAGAUCCAGCUGUGGCAGUUCCUACUGGAGCUGUUGUCUGACAGCAACAACGCGGGCAUCAUCACGUGGGAGGGCACCAAUGGAGAGUUCAAAAUGACCGACCCAGAUGAGGUGGCCAAGCGCUGGGGUGAGCGCAAGAGCAAACCCAACAUGAACUACGACAAGCUGAGCCGCGCACUGCGCUACUAUUACGACAAGAAUAUCAUGACUAAAGUACACGGCAAGCGCUACGCCUAUAAAUUUGACUUCCAGGGGAUCUCGCAGGCACAUCAGAACCACGCAGCAGAAGGAGGGGUUGUUAAGUACCAGACAGAGAUGCAGUAUGUCCAGCCUUACCACAGCCACCAGCCCAAAAUGAACUUCAUGACGGGUCAUCCUGCACCUAUGCCUGUAUCACCUGGAAAUUUUUUCAGCCCUCCAUCGGCGUACUGGAACUCAGCCAACAGCCCCAUCUACCCUGGGUCACCCAUCCCCAGACAUCCUGCUACCCACUCCCACCUGAGUUCGUACUACUGAGGGAGAAGACGUCACACCUGAUCGCUAUGACCUGAUGGAGGCUGCGCAUGUCACAAAUCAUGUCAAUCAAAGACCAACCAGAGCUGAACGUCACCUCAAGUGAAGCUGAUAUGACGCUACAGUCUU